CCCGGUUUGGCGCCUGCUUGGUUGGCUGCGGCGGCGGCUGGUUGCCGAGCGAUGUGAGGCGGAGACGCUUCCCUCGCCUCGCCUUCGCCUUCUCGCUUCCCAAGCCUUCCCACCCCCCUCCCCGUCCCUUUUCCUCCGCUGGAGCCGCCCCGCCGCCGCUCGCCCGUCCCGUCCCUCCUUCCUUCCCUCCCUCCCUCCCCGCCAUGCCGGACCAGAUCUCCGUGUCGGAAUUCGUGUCCGAGACCAAUGAGGAUUACAAGUCGCCCACCGCCUCCAACUUCACCACCCGGCUGGUGCAGUGCCGGAACACCGUGGCGGCCAUCGAGGAGGCACUGGAUGUUGACAGAACUGUUCUUUAUAAAAUGAAAAAAUCUGUAAAGGCAAUAAAUAUUUCUGGUUUAGCUCAUGUGGAAAAUGAAGAACAGUACACUCAAGCUUUGGAGAAAUUCGGAGGCAAUUGCGUCUGUAGGGAUGAUCCAGACUUAGGAACAGCAUUUUUAAAAUUUGCUGUAUUUACAAAGGAGUUGACUGCACUUUUCAAAAACCUGAUCCAGAAUAUGAAUAACAUAAUAACCUUUCCACUGGACAGUUUGCUGAAAGGAGAUCUAAAAGGAGUUAAAGGGGAUCUGAAGAAACCUUUUGAUAAAGCUUGGAAAGACUAUGAAACAAAAGUGACAAAAAUAGAAAAAGAGAAAAAGGAACAUGCUAAACUACAUGGUAUGAUCCGUACAGAAAUUAGUGGGGCUGAAAUAGCUGAAGAGAUGGAAAAAGAGAGACGGUUCUUCCAAUUACAAAUGUGUGAGUACCUGUUGAAAGUCAAUGAAAUCAAGAUUAAAAAAGGAGUUGACUUACUUCAAAACCUCAUCAAGUAUUUCCAUGCACAAUGCAACUUCUUUCAGGAUGGUCUGAAAGCCGUCGAAAGCCUCAAACCUUCAAUAGAAAAGCUCUCCACAGACCUUCACACCAUUAAGCAAGCACAAGAUGAAGAAAGAAAACAAUUAAUUCAGCUUAGGGAUAUUUUAAAAUCUGCACUUCAGGUUGAUCAGAAAGAGGAUUCUCAGCUCCGUCAGAGUACCACGUACAGUUUGCACCAGCCUCAGGGAAAUAAGGAGCAUGGUACAGAAAGAGAUGGGAGCCUCUAUAAGAAAAGCGAUGGAAUCAGAAAAGUGUGGCAGAAGAGGAAAUGCACGGUUAAAAACGGUUUCCUUACCAUUUCCCAUGGUACAGCAAACCGACCUCCUGCAAAGCUCAAUCUGUUAACUUGCCAAGUGAAAACAAACCCAGAAGAGAAAAAAUGUUUUGACCUCAUAUCACAUGACAGAACAUAUCAUUUCCAAGCAGAGGACGAACAGGAUUGUCAAAUCUGGAUAUCUGUGCUACAGAACAGUAAAGAAGAAGCAUUAAAUAACGCAUUCAAAGGAGAUGACAACACCGGAGAAAAUAACAUUGUCCAAGAACUGACAAAAGAAAUAAUCUCUGAUGUGCAGAGGAUGCCUGGAAAUGACGUGUGCUGUGACUGCGGAGCACAAGAUCCUACAUGGCUCUCAACCAACUUGGGCAUUUUAACUUGUAUCGAGUGCUCAGGAAUCCAUCGAGAGCUUGGCGUCCACUAUUCCAGAAUGCAGUCACUCACAUUAGAUGUGCUGGGAACAUCUGAACUGCUGCUUGCCAAGAAUAUUGGGAAUGCAGGAUUUAAUGAGAUUAUGGAAUUUUGCCUCCCUGGAGACGAGAUAGUCAAACCCAAUCCAAGCAGUGAUAUGAAUGCAAGAAAAGAUUAUAUUAAUGCCAAAUAUAUUGAAAGAAAAUAUGCAAGGAAAAAAUUCACAGACACUGUGGCUAAGCUACAAAGUCUCUCUGAAGCAGUCAGAACAAGAGACAUUUUCGGACUGGUUCAAGUGUAUGCUGAUGGUGUGGAUCUAACUGAGAAAAUUCCACUAGCAAAUGGUCAUGAACAAGAUGAAACUGCCCUUCAUCUCGCAGUAAGAUCAGUUGAUCGGACCUCGCUUCACAUAGUUGACUUCUUGGUGCAGAAUAGCGGAAACCUCGACAAGCAGACGUGUAAAGGCAGCACAGCUCUUCAUUACUGCUGUUUGACAGAUAACGUUGAGUGCCUCAAACUGCUGCUGAGAGGGAAAGCUUCCAUUGAAAUAGCUAAUGAAGCUGGAGAGACGCCACUUGAUAUAGCCAAACGCUUAAAACAUACACGCUGUGAGGAGCUGCUGACCCAGGCCUUAGCUGGAAGGCUCAAUUCCCACAUUCAUGUAGAAUAUGAAUGGCGGCUGCUUCAUGAAGACCUGGACGAGAGUGACGACGAUGUGGAUGAAAAGUUGCAGCAACCAAGCCCCAAUCGAAGAGAGGACAGGCCUGUCAGUUUCUACCAGCUAGGAUCAAGCCAUCUUCAGCCAAAUGUAGCGUCCUUGGCAAGAGAUGCUGCCAGCAUAGCCAAGGACAAGCAGAGGGGCUUCAUGCCCAGCCUCUUGCAGAACGAAACCUACGGAGCUAUACUCAGCAGCAGUCCGCCUCCCACCCAGACGGUGGCUCCUGUCACUAGUGCACCACCCUUGCCUCCCAGGAAUGUCGGGAAAGUUCAGUCUUCAUUUCUUGGCAGUGCUGUUCAAACAACUCCUUCAUCGAACACACUGUGGAAGACAAAUUCAUUAGGAAUGGAAAGCAUAAGCAGGCAGAGAUCUUCAUCUGAUCCACCAACUGUCCAUCCCCCCGUUCCACCAUUGCGUGUCACAUCUACAAGUAUCCUUUCUCCAGUACCACCUCCAGUUGUGAAGACAGCCAGUAUGCUGGAAGCUUUGAGCCACCAAUCAAAACAGCCGUCUGCACCACAAUCCAAGCCUACGCCACCCCCGCUUCCUCCCCAGCCUCCAAGCAGAAUUUCUCAGAAGAAGCCUGUUUCUGGGACCGAGAAGUCAUCUAGCUCAGCUAACAAGGGGCAGAACAAAGGAGCUGGAUCUCUGCAGCAGUCGUGUGGAGAGACUUCAUCUGCGUCUGAGAUGCUUGGAUCUCACGCUGCCCCUUCUACAAACAUGUCUGUACCAAUCCAGCCUCCAGCUCCAAUGCCAAGGAAAUCCCAAGCAUCAAAAACAAAACCCAAGAGAGUAAAAGCAAUUUACAACUGUGUAGCAGAUAAUCCAGAUGAGCUAACAUUUUCUGAGGGUGAUAUCAUCAUAGUUGAUGGUGAGGAAGAUCAGGAGUGGUGGAUUGGGCAUAUUGACGGCGAGCCUAACCGAAAAGGAGCUUUCCCUGUGUCGUUUGUGCACUUUAUUGUUGACUAAAUUGCCCCUUGCACACGGAGAGUCUUCUCACUUCCACAGAUUGUAGCGAUCCUUUGACAGAUGUGUUCCACAGCUUUUUCUUGAAAGCUUCACCACAUCAUUAUCUCACAAGUCUUACGAUGGAAUUAAGAAUUUCUAUUUGCCCAUAGGAAGUCUGGUUUAUAAUCGCAGGUAAAUUGUAAACAUUUUCAUGGUGAACUGGAAAGCCCUUUAAAAAUCAUACACUAUGAGCCCAAACCCAUGGAAUAGACGUGAAACCUGUUUCAUAAGUGUUGACAUACUAAAUUUUUCUUCAUAGACAAGAUACCACAGCUUCUCCCUUUAGCAGUCAAAGAAAAUCUCUGACACGCACCUCAGGACUAAGAGUUCUAGGUGAGCUAAGAGAUUACUUGACUGUACAAGUACGUUAUACCUUGUGUUGACUAUCUGGCCUUUGUUUGCAGUCAGUAUCCCAAAGCCUGUCUAGGUACUGUGUAGCAGCACUGAGAAUUUCCUUUCGAAAGAAGCAAUUUUCUCUGCUUUUACUCAGUACACUACAAAAAUGUGAGGAUCAAUUCCAGCUGUCUCUUGUAGGCAGAGUCGGCCAUUUUAUCAUGACCCUUUUGUUAAGAAAAUGAGCUUUGUUGUGAGGAGAGUUGAGAGAACUUUACUGCUUUAUGAAAACACACAGAUUGUCCUUAAGGGAAAUAUUUUCCUCCAUUUUUUUUUAAAGGGAGAGGUGCUCACAUGUAGGCAUGAUUGCUAUCUACGAAGGUUCAACUCUCUCUAGAGAUUUUUUUUUUUUAAUUGCAUGGAUGGAAGGGUCAGACAAGAACGACAAAAAAUACACCACCAGCGGCCCAAAUGGCAAUCCAGGUGCUCGUGAAUAACAUAAUGGGUACAAACAAAGCAGGGAGAAGACUUGGAGAGAUGAGAGGCUGGCAGUCACCGGAUGGAAAUGAGGGCGUCUGUUCAUGUAGGGCUCAAGCAUUUACACUUAGGACUGGAUUCUUGCAGGCUCCUUUGGCCAGCUAUAGCAAAAAUCCUUUUUAUUGUAAUACAUUGGAACAGCAACUAUAUGCACUUUUUGUAUGUGAGAAGCACAUGCUCACAGAGUACCUUCACUCAGACAGAAAUGCUCACCUUUUUUCAAAGCUUUUGAGUCCAGAAAAAGGCAAAAUCUAUAGCAGAAGCAACAUCUUUUGAGAUCUAAUAUAACCAAAACUUUCAGAGCUUUUAAAACACAUUAAAACUCCUGAAAUUUUCUGUGAAUACUGUAUUGGCACUAGCGGAGAUCCAGAACCCCUGGACUAAUAUUCUAGACUAAUAAUCCAUUUGUAAUGGAAACUGAGAGAUUUAUCACUUUCUUCAUAAACAACACCCAAAAAAUCACACAGGAUGUGCAUUCCAGUACAAAAUGUAGAGGCUGCCCCGCUUUCAAAGAACUCAAAAAGAAUGGGAAGUAGAUGACAGACAGGAAGACUGUUUACCUUGAAGGACCUUCUAAAUCCUUUGGAAUUAUACUUUCUCUUGUACAGGGGAAACACAGCCAAAUCCUUUAAGGUGAGGAGCUUCUCCAGAUUGGAAAGAGUAGGAAAAAUCCCUUAAAACAGUAGAAGUAACAAAUACAGCAGUGCCUAAUGUAUGGCAGAUAAACAAAUGAAACGUCAACCAAAUCAGAAAGAAGACGGAGAAUACAGAAUAGACAUCCUCAUAUGGCCUUGCCUCUCCUCCCAAAAAUGCAGUCAGUGAGGCAGAAGCAUUAAACUGGUCCACCCAAUAAAAUGGCAGAGAGAGAAUGCUUGCAGAAGCCAUGGGAAGCAAGUGGUGAGAAAAUUUCAUCAUCUGGCUCCUGGGAGGCAUUAAAAAUCCACAAAAGCAAUGCGGCCCCAGGGUGAUUUACCAAUUGGGCUUGGGAGUUUAUGGUUUCGCUAACUUCUACAAUAUCUUCAUCCCAAAGCUGACAUCCAGAGAAGAAAACGUGCUCAUUUUAUGAUCUCUAGUAAACAUAGGACAAAGUGGCUUUUCUAGUUCUGAUUCCAUUUGAGAGAGGAGCUGGUGAAUUUGAUCAAAUACUUCAGAAGGGUGGUUCUGCAGAUCUCAUAGGCCAGUUCAAUACAUUCCCUAAGACCAUGUUUUUACCAGCAAAUUGAAAGGAUACAACAGCAGUUGUCCUAUCGAGGCAGAAACUAGAGCCUGCUACCCAACCAACAUGUACUAGUUCUUUUCCUGCCAAAGUGAGGAAAGGAUAGUAACAUUGUCUCAUGAUCCAGGGUAAAUGUAGAGACCAUUUUAAGUACUGUUUUGUUCCCACUGAAAAUACACAGGUUUCCAUAGAACAAAAAGAACAGCCAACUUUAACGGUUGUUAACAACAGCUGCAAGAAAAAGAGUCUUUUUGAUCAGAAUUCUGAGUAAGCAUACUGAUGCUCACAGAUUCAGAUUGGGGAGUGAGACCUUCAUUGAGAUUCUUUGUGGGAGAUUUUUUCACCCCCUCAGGAGCCCAAAAUGCCCUCUAAAAUCAUAUACCUGGGGGUCCGCAGGAACAGGAUUUCAGGGGGCAUUUUGGGCUCCCACAGGAGGGGGGUGGAAUUCCAUCCACAAGCAGAAGUUCUUGUGCCCACGGAAACACUAGUCAGAAUUCAGGCCAUUGUCCUUCCUCUCAAGAACAUGAAAGCUUAUAUUUUGAUCCUGGAAGGCCAGUCUGUUGAUUCUUUUUGGGAGACUGUUACCAUAUUUCCUUGAGGCACUUUGUCCAGGUGAUACACUCACUUCCUUCUUUGGCAGUCCACAGAACUAGCAGAUAAGGAAGGUCCUCUGCCCUCUCCUUGCAAGACGUAAUGCGAAAGGUUGGCCUUGCCUCCCAGAGGUGUGUAUGUGUUAUCAUGAAGGGCUUGGAGUUUUCUCUGGGAGCCUGGAGAAAAUAGGGCAUUGCUUCAGUGGGAGAGGAAAAGUCUUGCGUGUAGGUCCCUUUUGUUGUUGUUCAGGAGGCAAGAUGAGCACUCCUUCCACAAUGGAUAUGAUGAGGAAGCUCUUCGUUAGUUUUGAAAAACACUUCAAAACUUGCAGAAUUGCAUCAUAGGUGGUAGAGGGGAGUAUCCCUCGUCUGAUGUUGUCACAGGUCCUAUCCAGUAAACUCCAGCAAUCCCAAACCGUACAGCCGUCACAAGAAAAUAAUGGACAUUAGCAGCAGGAAUCUCAUUUUCCAAGCAAGACACUGGUGCUGUUGGGAGUGCUGGGAAAAUGCAUUUUGAAUAGGUCCACCCUGCAUAGUUACUGUAUGGAAAGGUUGUCUGGAAAGACCCUCAGUUUCACUGAAGGAUUUUUAAUAAAAUGAUGUAGAUAUUUCCUUUAAACCCUGACCCUCUUUACCUCAGAUACGAGGUCAUACUUUUCUAUACUAAAUAUAUGCUCACCUCAUAUAUUUUAUUUCAUUCUUCAGUUGUGUUUGAGGGCACUACAUUUUUUUAGAACAAAAGAAAAUACAGCAGAAUUAUCAGUUAAGUAAACAGGUGUUCAUUGCGGUUCAUGAAAUUCUGCUUGCAGUCCUUUUCUUACAAAAUGUCUAGACUUGCAUUUCUUUUUUAAAAAACACAUAGGGAUAUGUUCACACACAGAAAUAUUGUGGUGGGAUAAAAGAGCAGGGAAUCGAUCUGAAUGCUCACUGUAUUAAGGUCUACACCACUACCGUGCAAGCAACUCAGUCUGCUUGCUGGCUCACACUGGCUUCAUAAAUACACACCAGACCACGGUAGUUACACUGUUAAUAAUUGUGAAUAGAUUUCAUAACUCUGAAUUGACAAUGGAAUAUUGAAAAACAUACCAACGUCCUUUUACUGUUUGUAUAUUGUGAUAUUGUUGCAGGGUUGUUUUUUUUAUGUUGCAUAUGCUACCAAAACCUGCACUGGUAGCAUAGGAUUAGAAUACCACUGCCCAGGUCACAUUGGCUUUGAUCACAAGUUUUGUGACUAUUGUAUCUCUAGAUUUAUCAAGAGAACUUUGAAUUUCUGACACAGAAAUUAUGUAUAUAUUGACUAGUGUAGGUUGUAAUAGAUGGGGGAAGAGCCAAUUGGUAUAUUUAUAUUGGGCGGGGGGGGGGGGGACUGCUGGAUCUCGCCCUUUAUACUGCCUUGCUGAAAUGGUACAUUCAAGGCAACUCAUCAACUAUGUGAGUACAAUCCAUUGGCUUAUAUUCAAAGCAGACCAUUUUAUCACACACACUGUUGUAGUGUAAAUGGGGAACAAACUGGAAUGUUUCAGAAUUCUUUUGUUGCAAGUUUUAAAGCUACUUCUACAUAUUCAAAGUACCCAAGACAUAUAUAUGUAUAUUUGGAAAAAGUAGUUUCCCACUACAAAUUUAAUCAGAUGCUGGUGAAUUUGGUUUGGCUUUUAACACUACUUUAUAUGUUUCUAUCCUUUGGUAAACUAUAGAAAAUAAAUGAUUGGCACAUUAUUUUGCACAGUUCACUUCAUGUACAGUAUUUUUAACACAGAAUCUUGCAGCUAAGGUGCAAAGCAGUCUUGGGGAAGCUUCUCUAGCCAUCAGCUUUCAUACUGGCCUGGAUCAAAAUAAUCACAAACUAGAUCCAUGCACCCAACGUAGGCUGUAACAUGUUUCCCAAACUGCUGCUUUUGAAACCAUGUGAACUCUCUAAAGCAGACUGAAAUGGCGUUGGAACCUGCCGCUGAAAAGGGGAAAAGUCCACUGGGUACAUCUAAGGUCUAGGGGACGCAUAAAGGGUAGCCAUUUGGAUCCCAGCCUCAGUAUAGAUGCUUUCAAUGGUUCUUAAAACCCCGAGAAGGCCUUGAAUAUUUUCUCACCAUUAUGUGAUGGCACUGAACUUGUAUCCAAGACUUGAUCUUCAUAUCAACGGCAUUUUGUCCUUUAAUGUAAAAUUAAAAGCUAGCUAUCCAGGAUUAUGGAUUUUUUUUAAAAAAAUUAAAUGCUAAGAAUUCCAUUUCAUAGCUGACAGUAUGGGAUGAUGAUAUUCAGCAAGCUGUUGGGCACAUUACAAGAUGACUGUGUUAACUAUUUUAAAAAAAAGGAGCAUAAGACACUUAAAAUACAGCUCAGAAUGCUACUUGAGAUGUAUAAUUUUGAUGUGAUGGUUUGAUUGUUUAGUUGCAGAGCAACUGUAUACAUUGUAUAACCUAAAUCAAUUCUUAUUUUUAGUGUCUGGAUGCAGUGAUUUAUAAUUGGAGCAUGAUUAAUUUUACUUUUGUUAAACUAGUCACUUGACUGGAAAAUAAACUGCUUUUAAACCUUA